GCCUUGUGCUCAGCGGUGCAGGCAGCUGCAUUUCCGAGGCGGGGCGGGCUGCUCUGGAGGGCAGCCGCACGGAGCCCGGCUCCUCCACAAGCCAGGGGGGAGCUGCCUCUCUCCCCAGGAGGUGGGGGCCGGGGUGUGCGCAGGCAGAGGGAGGGCUGGGGGACUCUGACCCCCACCUUCGCCCUUCACCGUAGAGCUGCUUUAAACCUAGAAACGCUUCUGUAUCGCAUCGUGCCCCGUGCACCCCACCCGCGGCUUGCUCUGUGCCUCCGCGACAAACUUUAUCUGGAAUCUCAGGAUUUCCUGUGCUGACAAGAAACAAUCGCCUGAGUUACCAUGGUAGAAGCAACCCCGAGGAGUGGUGAUACAGCAGAGGAAAACAGCAGCAGCAGCUUCUAGUAAACAUGAUUCCUGUCACCGAAUUUCGUCAGUUCUCUGAACAGCAGCCGGCUUUCAGAGUACUGAAGCCAUGGUGGGAUGUGUUUACAGACUAUCUCUCAGUAGCCAUGCUGAUGAUUGGUGUAUUUGGAUGUACAUUGCAGGUUAUGCAAGACAAGAUAAUAUGCCUUCCAAAAAGAAUACAGCCUUCACAGAAUCACUCUCACAUUCCUAAUGGGUCUAAUGCAGUCCCAAAUACUACCCCGCUUCCUCCACCCAAACCAUCCACUACUCCUGCCACUGUUGAAAUGAAGGGACUAAAGACUGAUUUAGACCUUCAGCAGUAUAGCUUUAUAAACCAAAUGUGCUAUGAACGUGCCCUGCAUUGGUAUGCAAAGUACUUCCCUUACCUUGUCCUUAUACAUACUCUGAUCUUCAUGCUGUGUAGUAACUUCUGGUUCAAAUUCCCUGGAUCAAGCUCAAAAAUUGAACACUUCAUUUCCAUACUGGGGAAAUGUUUUGAUUCUCCCUGGACAACAAGGGCCUUAUCUGAAGUGUCCGGGGAAGACUCAGAAGAAAAGGACAACAGGAAGAACAACAUAAGCAGGUCAAAUACUAUCCAACCUAGCGCCGAAGGCACUUUGGUCAAGACACAGUCCUUGAAAUCAAUACCUGAAAAGUUUGUUGUUGAUAAGGGGACAGCAGGGGCACUUGAUAAAAAAGAAGGAGAACAGGCCAAAGCUUUGUUUGAAAAGGUGAAGAAAUUCCGAUUGCAUGUUGAAGAAAGUGAUCUGCUCCAUGCUAUGUAUGUUCGCCAGACUGUACUUAAAGUUAUUAAAUUCCUUAUCAUUAUUGCUUACAAUAGUGCACUAGUUUCCGAAGUUCAAUUUACAGUAGACUGUAAUGUGGACAUACAGGACAUGACAGGAUAUAAAAAUUUUUCCUGUAAUCAUACCAUGGCACAUCUAUUCUCUAAACUUUCCUUCUGCUACCUGUGCUUUGUAAGCAUCUAUGGACUAACAUGCCUUUACACUUUAUAUUGGUUGUUCUAUCGUUCACUAAAGGAAUAUUCUUUCGAAUAUGUUCGUCAAGAGACUGGAAUUGAUGAUAUCCCAGAUGUUAAGAAUGACUUUGCUUUUAUGCUUCACAUGAUAGAUCAAUAUGACCCUCUUUAUUCAAAGAGAUUUGCUGUGUUCCUGUCUGAAGUCAGUGAAAACAAGCUGAAACAACUGAAUUUAAACAAUGAAUGGACUGCGGAUAAAUUGAGACAGAGACUGCAAACAAAUGCCCAUAACCGGCUAGAGCUGCAGCUCUUCAUGCUUUCUGGACUUCCAGACACAGUUUUUGAAAUUACAGAGCUGCAGUCUUUAAAACUUGAAAUAAUCAAUAAUGUUAUGAUACCUGCAACCAUUGCACAGUUGGACAGUCUCCAAGAGCUCUCAUUGUUCCAAUGUUCUGUGAAGAUCCACAUUGCUGCCUUAGCGUUUCUGAAGGAAAAUCUGAAGAUUUUGAAUGUCAAGUUUGAUGACAUCAGAGAGCUUCCACAUUGGAUGUAUGGGCUCAGAAAUUUAGAGGAGCUCUACUUAAUUGGCUCUCUAAGUCACGAUAUUUCCAAAAAUAUUACACUUGAGUCUUUUCGGGAACUUAAAAGCCUUAAACUUCUCUAUAUUAAAAGCAACAUAUCAAAAAUCCCACAAUCUGCUGUUGAUGUUGCAAGUCACCUUCAAAAAAUGUGUAUUCAUAAUGAUGGCACCAAAUUAGUGAUGCUCAAUAACCUGAAGAAAAUGGUUAACUUAACAGAAUUGGAACUGGUUCAUUGUGAUUUGGAGCGCAUACCUCAUGCAGUUUUUAGCCUUCUCAGUCUCCAGGAAUUGGAUUUAAAAGAGAACAACCUCAAAUCAAUAGAAGAAAUAGUUAGUUUUCAAUAUCUGAGAAAACUUACAAUCCUAAAGCUGUGGUACAACAGUAUAACAUACAUCCCAGAGCAUAUAAAGAAACUCACUAGCCUAGAACAUCUUUUCUUUAGUCACAAUAAAAUAGAGGUUCUUCCAUCUCACCUAUUCCUGUGCAACAAAAUCAGAUACUUAGACUUGUCUUACAAUGAUAUACGAUUUAUUCCACCAGAAAUAGGAGUGCUGCAAAGUUUACAGUAUUUUUCCAUUACUUGUAACAAAGUGGAGAGUGUGCCAGAUGAAUUAUACUUUUGCAAAAAACUAAAGACUCUGAAGAUUGGGAAAAAUAACUUGUCAGUCCUUUCACCUAAAAUUGGUAAUUUAGUAUUUCUCUCUUCUUUGGAUAUAAAAGGCAAUCACUUUGAAAUUCUCCCGCCUGAACUUGGUGAGUGUAGGGCUUUGAAAAGGACUGGCUUGGUUGUAGAAGACGCUUUGUUUGAAACUUUGCCUUUGGAUGUUAGAGAGCAGAUGAAAGUUGAAUAAUUAAUUUCUUUUACUCCAUUUUACAGAAAGAUGCGUCUACCAAAUACACUAUAUAAAUAAUUUGAUAGUCUAAAUAUGCCUUUAUUGGUGUGUUUAUUUUAUUUUUUUCAUUUGUCCUUUUGACACAAAACUAUCUGUAUAAACAAAUGUGGAGUAAGGAAUAUGAAUAUAUUUUUAAAUAAAAAUUUACCUGUAUUUUUUCACAGUUUAAAAUAUUUUAUGUUUAUUUUGCCCUGCUAAAGAGUGACUGAAAAAAUUAUUUUCUAUUGGCAAAAGCUAAUGGUUAGAUCAGUGGUUCUAAACCUCUUUGGCACCGUUACCCCUUAAGCUUAACCAAUAAACCUAAAUUACCCCUCCUUUUUAAAAUGGCAGUAGACAAAAAGAAAAUUAUGAUUAAUUGUUUUCAUUGUAUUUUGUUUUCCCAUACAUUAUGUUGAACAAAAUUGAACACCUGUUCUAUUUUAAAUGUAUUACCUCCUGAAAUAUGCCAAAUUACCUCUCAAGGGGUAAUUACCGCCAGGUUAAGAACCAUUGGGUUAGAUAAACUGUUUUUUAAUUGAGGUUAAAAGGAGAUGGCAUGUUUCCAACUGUCUAUCUAAGUAUCAUAUUUUUAAUAGAUGAAUGUAUUUUUCCUGGGUCAUUGUUAAACUGAUUUUAGGAUCUAAUUUUUAGGGGCUGAUCCUGUGAGAUGCUGAGCAGUUUCAACCCCUGUUUUCAUGAAUGGGUUUGAAGGUGCCCAGUACCUCAUGAAGCUUGACCUUGAUUGAAUGUCCUUUUGUUGAGACUUCACACAUACCAACUAUUCUCCCUAGUGGGAAAAGACAUUUAGAAAUGUUUUAUAAUAUACAAGGGCUGGAAUUUUUAAGGAGCCUAAAGAAAUAAGGUGCACAAUUUCCAUUGAAAGUUAAUGGAUAGUUAACUCUGUCAUGCCCCUCAAGAAAUCUUAGCCUCCAUUUCAUGCUGUAUGCUGAACAAAACAUCUCUGUUGCCAUCGUUCUUCAGAACUGAACUAGUAAGUCUAUGAUUUGCCAAGUGGUAUAGGAACAGGGGUGAAAGUAAGUUAAAUUUCUUACAGGUACUGUCAUAUUGCACCCUGCCCUCUUUAGGAAGGGGCUCAGGGCACAAGGUGGGGGUAGGUUCGGGGCUUGUAGUGUGGCUACCAAGCUGCCUGACAGCCAGAUCCCUAGGGUUGGGUGGGGCAACAACCACACUGCCCAGCGGCCCUCGCUACAGGGCUGGACCUUGGAUAUGCUCUUGCUGUGCCACCCAGGGCCUGUGGCUGCUGGCUUGGGCCCACCAGGGCUGGGGCCUCGCCUUCCCAACCCCAAGCUGUCUGGCACUAGUGCUGAGGGCCCAGGGGUGGUGGUGGGGAGAAUGGCUUGUGCUCUUGUGGGGGAGGGGAGCAAGAAUGGGAAGAAUCCGUUGCCCAUGCCCAGUAUGGGAUCCUUCCCUGUAUGGUGGCUGGCAACAUCCAGAGCCCUGCCCCCAGCCUGCCACUCUCUUACUGGUGCACCAGCUUACUAUCACCUUUGUGCAGGAGAGUCAAUCCUGGCAGGAUUCAAGUUUGAGAUUUCCAAAAAUUGCAGAUGUAGCCUCCCACCUAGCAUGAAGUUGAACAGAAUAUGUGUGACUAAGUCGCUGCUUUCUGCCAAGCAGAGCUGAAAUACCACCAUCCUCCAGUAGUGAGUGCCUUCAAUUCCCAUUGAAUUCCCCCCCUGCCCUGGAGGGGCUUGGCAUCUCAUAUGACUGAACUGUUUGAAACUCAGGGUUAUUGCACUUAGCUUUGGUUUGUGAACCUUUUGACCAGGAAACAAACUUGCUUCCUGCAGUAAGAAGCAGUGCAGUGGGCUUGGUAGUGUAUUACCAGGAUGUAUAGAUUUUCAGAAACCAAAUUAAAUUUAAAAAAAUAGAAUAUUAACAUGUCACAUCUCAGCAUAGCAGAGGAUGGUGGUGAAAGCCACAUUUGUUUUAAUUUCCCAGCUAGUAAUUACAUUGAAAAUUGGACAUUUGGAAGCCUGCUUUUUAAAAUAAUUUAAUCCGCUGUAAUAGACUGACAUGAUAGUACAUCAGAUUGGGAAUUAUACCAGCUAAAGCUACGUUAAAUUAUUUUUUCCUACUCUUGCCAUUUGCUUUUUCAUGGACAGGUCCGGCAGAUCUUAUCCAUUUUAAUUCUGUGUGUUGUUCAAAAGCUAAUUUAAGCUUAAUUGAAAAUAAUGGCUUUGAGUGUACAUUUGAAUCACAAUGCAGGCACUGGAUAAUUGUUAGCAGAUAACUAGAAAUAAGUACUUCCUUUGAAGGGCAGACAUGCUUUUUGUAAUCUGCAGAGGCUUGGCUGCUAAUUUUUAAAAUUAUGUGAAGCAAUUACUAGGUGAGUGUCAGGAGUAUUGCCAGUAAGGCUUGUGUGUCUUGCACUACAGUUAAUUUAAGUUUUGGAUCUUGGUACAAAAGCAUGUUGUUGCUUUAAGAAUCUGACAUACGGGGCGGGUGACAUGAAGAAAGAUAAGAUUUUUCCACAUUAAUCCAGGGUGCACAGUGUAGCCGAGUAAGAAUGCUUGCCAUAGUACCAAAGUCAGACUUACUUUUUCCAUAUGAUUAACAGGAGAUGGUUGGACAUGAAAGAAUCAACGCAAGCUUUUUUAAUGGUUCUGUUUAGUGCUAUACCAAUACAGCUCUAUUGCAAAAGCUAUUUUUAUUUAUCUAUGGAAUGCAUUUAUAAAUACUUUAAAUGUGCUUCAGUUGGGUAUGACAUGGGAGAGAGAAAUGCUUCAUUGCUUGUAUUAAUAUAAAUAUGUAAACCAAAGUGCUGUAGUUCCUGAUGAUUGUAAACUGUUUAAAAUGUUCAAGUAAUCAGUUAAUAUGUAUAGAUGUAUCAUUAUCUUAUUUAGAUAUGGGAGAUUACAUUAAGGUUGAUAAAAUCAUGAUUAAUUUUG